UUUUGUACGCAUUGUCCAAGUAUGCCAAUAUUUUGCCGUAGACGAUUCGUCAAGCACGACGCGAUGGAAUAUUUAAAAGUUUUGCUGCUGACGAUCAGAGUACUUUCUCUAUUUUUAAAUCUUACCAAGUGCGCCGGUGAUGGAAGCCCGAACGGCUUAGAGAUCGGCAUGAACGAGACGAAUGUAACGUCUACAUUCUUAAAUUUUGGUCAAAAGACCAACGGGAGUCAACGCUACUGGUACGAGCAUCUGGACGAUGCUGACAGAAUGCUGAAGAGCAAAGCCGAUAUCUUGUCCCGCUUGCUGAAGAUGCACAUAGACCGUUUGCGCAAGAAGACCGAUCAGGUGGAACUGGUGUUUCUGGUGGACGCGUCCGGUUCGGUCGGCGCGGAAAAUUUCCGCAGCGAGCUGAACUUCGUGACGAAACUUCUGUCGGACUACACGGUGGACGCCUUAGCCGCACGUGUUGCGGUCGUCACUUUCGGCGGUAGAGGUAACAUCCAUCGGAAUGUGGAUCAAAUUUCCAAACACGGGCCGAACGAUCACAAGUGCUAUUUGCUGAACAAGCAGUUCAGCAACAUCACUUACAGCGGCGGAGGGACUUACACGCGCGGCGCGCUUCUCGAAGCGUUGGCGAUUCUCGAGAAAGGCCGCGAGACGUCGAACAAGGUGGUGUUUCUGAUAACCGACGGCUUCAGCAACGGCGGCGAUCCACGUCCCGCGGCCAAUCUUCUGAAAAAUACAGGCGCCACGGUGUUCACAUUCGGUAUUCGUACAGGAAACGUGGAGGAAUUGCAUGACAUCGCCAGCUCGCCCGGAUACACGCACAGCUACCUCCUCGACAGUUUCGCGGAGUUCGAAGCUCUGGCGCGUCGCGCUUUGCAUCGCGAUUUGAAAACCGGACAGUACACGCCUGUGACUCUGCCUACCGAUUGCAACAAUCUGUGCUCGGAAAGCACGGCGAAUCAGAUUUGCUGCGACAAUCUGGCGACCUGCACCUGCGGCACCGCGACUGGACAUUACGCCUGCAUUUGUCCGCCCGGAUACUUCGGUUCCGGUCUCAAAGGCUUCUGUCAACCUUGUCCAAACGGGACGUACGCUGCCGGAAACACUUCCGGAGAUUCCACCGCCGUGUGCGUGCCCUGUCCGGAUGCGAAUCAAGUUACCGUCAAAGUUCCCGCGACCUCGGCACUCGACUGCGUGUGCGCUUCCGGAUUUACAACAGAUGGUUCCAAAUGCGAGGCUAUAACGUGCCCAAAGUUAAAAGUCCCCGAGAACGGCUAUCUGGUAAAGGCGAACGCCUGCAGCAACGUGGUGCACGCGGCGUGCGGCAUAAGAUGCCGCAUCGGCUUUCAUCUUACCGGCGACAGCAUUCGACUCUGCGGGAAGGACGGCACUUGGUCCGGGCACGAGCCGCAGUGCUUACUGAAAACGUGCCCGGCGCUCCGCGAGCCCGCGCACGGUCGCGUGAAGUGCCAACAUGACGAGAAUUAUCAGCAUCAAUUUGAGGAGAACUCCACCGUCUAUCCGAUCGACACCCGCUGUCAGUUCAAAUGCAACGUCGGCUAUCAGCUUCGCGGCAGCAAGGUGCGCAAUUGCCUACCCUUGUCCCGAUGGGACGGUCUGAAAGUCACUUGCACGGCUGUAAAAUGCGAACCCCUGCCGCAAAUUACGAACGGCGCUAUCACCCCGCUAAUCUGCACCGGUACGGCGAAGGUGCCCUUCGCCACCAACUGCACGAUCGCCUGUGGCAGGGGCUUCGUCCUGGAAGGACCCUCCAGCAGAUCGUGCAGCGGACGCACUGGAAUUUGGUCCCAUCGUCACAGCGUCAAUCGAUGCGUAGAUAAAAUGCCACCCUCCAUAAAGUGCCCGCCCGAUAUUAUCGUGGAAACUGCGAAGAGUCAGAACUACGCGUACGUGAACUGGACGAUACCCGAAGUGACGGACAACGCGGACGCGUCGCCUAUCUUGUGGACGAAGCCGCAUCUUGUCCUGCCGUGGAAAGCGAAAAUCGGUACGCGUAUUGUGGUGUACAUAGCGCAAGAUGCGAGUGGCAACAAGGCCAAAUGCAAGUUUAAAGUUAAAGUCUUUGACAGGGAGCCACCGACGGUCGAAAGUUGCAUCGACCCACCGAUGUUUUAUACCGAUCUCGAUAGCGGUCUCGGCAACGUGACGUGGGACGAGCCGGUCUUCUACGACAAUUCGAGGAUUUCCGUGCAAGUAAAUCAAAGUCACGAACCUGGCAAGAAUAUUUUUCCCAUUGGCCGUGCGAGAGUCUUCUACAACGCCACCGAUAAGUACGGCAAUCGAGCGACUUGUGUGCUGAACAUUACAGUAGAAGACGUGUGUAAGACUCUAAGAGCGCCCAUCAAUGGUCGGCUGAACUGUUCUUCGACGAGUGAUCGCGAAACGCGAUGCAUCGCAACUUGCGAGGAUGGUUAUGAUUUUGCAGUCGAACCGGCGAAUUUCAAUAUUGUUAACGACGAGCUGCUGUUAAAAUGUAAUUCCAGCGAUCAUAUAUGGGAGAGCAAUUAUUUGCCGGAAUGUUCAGAAACAAAGAUACCGAAGAUAAUAUCUCAGGAAGGAAACAUGAUAUUAGAAGGCAAUGCAAGUACAAUGUGCGACAAUCAAACUACUCUUCGUGAAUUAAACGAUCACAUCAUUAACGACUUGAAAUUAAAAAUGCUGGAUAUUUGCGGCAACGACAUCGAGUGCAGUCUGAUUGAAUUCGAUCCCGAAUGCAAGAGUAAACUUUCAUCGAAAAAUUUUGAAGACAACCUAAUAAGAAGAAGACGAAGAUCCGAUACAAAUAUUUUUGGAGAUAACAAAAUAAUGCUUGGAAGAUUGAAACGUGCUGUCAAGUCGAGCACCGACAAAGAUAAAGUCAAACCUAAGCGGAAAAGGGAGAAGAUAGAGAUUAGAUUUAAGUUCAUAGGAAGAAUAAUCGACGAGAACUUCGAAAAUCCGAAACGGGGAGUACAAAAGUUGAGGGAGAAGAUCGAGGCGAUGACGCAUUUAGGGAAACUGGACUUGCUCAACAACAGGACCAAUCAGGAGUUCGCAAAGCUCGCCUUGAAUCUGCAUCUCGUGUUCAAGGAGCCUCAGGAUCUCUGCGAUCCCGGGAGCGUGCUGAAGAGACACGGUUGCGUGAAGUGUCUCGCGGGCACCUUUUACAAUUCCUCCGCCAGAAUUUGCCAGCCGUGUCCGUUCGGACAAUACCAGGAUGCGACUGCGUCGUUGAAUUGCACAUCCUGCCCGGAGCACACCUUCACGAAGAGGAUGCACGUGAAGUCCUUAAAAGAUUGCAUUCCUGUAUGCCGACCAGGAUAUUAUUCGCGGCGUAGACGCUAUCACGGAUCGCGCUUAGCCAUGGAGCCGUGUUUCGCGUGCGAUAUCGGGUUUUAUCAGCCAAAUUACGGACAAAUCGAAUGCCUGCCGUGUCCGUCGAAUACGACGACAGAGAGACUGGGCUGUACAAGUGUCAGUGAUUGCUCGCCGAUGCGCGACAAGGAAAUCGAUUGCCGGACGGAUCCGUGUCUCAAUGGAGGUCGAUGCCUCCAGGACGAAAGCGGUUUUGUUUGCGAAUGUCUCGAAUAUUUCAUGGGAUCGAAAUGCGAAGAGUUUAAGGAUCCAUGCGGUUCUUCGCCUUGCUUGAACGAGGGAGUAUGUAAGAUUCAUCAAUAUCCUGAUAACUCUGUGACAUACGACUGCACGUGUAGAGCCAGUUACACAGGCGCCAAUUGCGAGAUUUACAUAGAUGAAUGCUCCGCCAAUCCUUGCCAGAACGGUGGAAAGUGCGAGAGUACCGAGAAUGAUUUCACCUGCGAAUGCAAGGAUGGAUUUGAAGGCCAGUUUUGCGAAAUUUCUAUGGACCAUUGCGAGCUUAUGCCGUGCGAGGAAGGAUCCGUGUGUCGCACCGUAAACGGAACCUGGCGAUGCUUCUGCAAAUCCGGAUUCUUGGGUCGUCAUUGCAACCUGUUGCCCUGCGACUGGUUGCCAUGUCCCGCAAAUGCAAUUUGCGUGAAUCUCAAGGAGGAGAACGCGACGCGAGAGAGUUAUAGGUGCGACUGUCCGGACGGAUACACAGGAGAGGAUUGCAUGACCAGAAUCAAUCACUGCGAGCGUUUGCCUUGCUUAAACAACGGAAAGUGUAUCAAUCACGUUAACAAUUACACUUGCGACUGCCACAUUCUUUUCACAGGACGCAACUGCGAGAUUGAAUUAUCAGCUGAUUAUGUGAUGCACUUUACGAGGUCCGGCACGACAGAUUACGUCAUCAUGAAAGGACCCGAAAAGGAUCUUUCGCAGUUGUCUGUCUGUCUGUGGUUGCAAUCGAUGGACACCUUCAAUUACGGUACGGUAUUAUCGUACGCGACAGCGUUUCACGAUAACUCCUUCACGCUGACGGAUUACAACGGAUUCGUUCUAUAUGUUAACGGCGAAAAAGUUGUAACCGACGUCAAAGUCAACGACGGUUAUUGGCACUUCCUGUGCGUUACUUGGGAGAGCGAGUACGGCUCCUGGCGCGUGUUCGUCGACGGGAUCCUUCGAGAUAACGGCAUUCGUUUAGCGCAGGGAGCUGUCGUACAAGCCAAUGGAUCCCUCGUUAUCGGACAGGAGCAGGAUCGCUUGGGAGGCGGGUUUUCCGAGUCGGAAGCGUUUCUGGGGAAGCUCGGCUUGCUGGACAUGUGGGACGUCGUUCUCGAAGAGAGUAACGUUACAGAGUUAUGGAACAGCUGCGAGAAAUAUCACGGAAGUCUCGUGGCCUGGGCGCAAGUGCGACAAUAUAUUCACGGCGACGUCGUGAUUCUAGCCAGCCCGUUCUGUCGCGGCUGUCCGCUGCCCGUCGUACCCUUCCGAGGCAACAUCAACGUGAGCGAAGACCUGUCAGAGGUGACGUAUUACUGCGACAACGGAUACGCGAUUCGGUUUGGCGGCGAGGAGCAUUGGUCGUUCGGAAGAAGGUGCCUCAAGCACGGCCAGUGGGAAGGAUACGACACGCCAGUCUGUAUGAAAAUAAAAUGCGGCUUCCCGGGAUACUUUCCGCGUGGACACAUCCACGGCAAGUCGUACUCAUUCGGGGACGAAAUAUAUUAUUCUUGCGCCGAAGGCUACGAGCUUCGAGGGAACCCACAUCGAAUUUGCAAUUCCGAUGGAAAGUGGACCGGGCUGCCUCCGAUCUGCAUAGGAACGACAUGCAAGAACUUGCUGGCUCCAGAAAACGGGGACAUAGAAUACAUAUUAGAGGAGAACGAGCGAGAUGACGUUACGAUAUUGCAGGCUGGUCAGCAACUGGAAUUCAAAUGCAAUCCUGGAUAUCGUUUAACAGGAGAAAGGUACUUGACCUGCUUAGAGACCGGCGUUUGGGAUCACGAGAGGCCGUCUUGUACACUUUACGGAUGUCUGCCGCCAAAAGAAAUAGAACACGGCUACAUCGUCUUUCCGGAUAGCGACAAUUUUAACCGGACUUCCGAUCCCGAGGAAAAUACAAUCGACGAGCUAUCGAGAAAAACGUAUCAUUACGAUGAUAUCAUUGGCUUCUCCUGCUAUCGCGGCUACAAGUUCCGCGGCAAUCACAAUCUGUUGACGGAAUUCAAGCUGCAGUGUUCUACAAACGGCACCUGGAUGGGUUUCGUACCCGAUUGCGUCCCGCGCGUGUGUCCCUGGCCGAAUCGCGUGGAAAACGCAAAGAUCUUUCUCAAGAAACGAGACAACGUCACGCUCGAAGUUCCCGUGGAAAGAAACGCGAUAUCGGAUGGCGAUGACACUGCCGGGAACAAUGAAAGCGAAGCGACGGGAGGAACGUUCCUUCCAGACACAUUCGUUUCCGGUGCGGAAAUUGUCGUCGUCUGCGAUCCGGGAUACGAAUUGCACGGCGACGCGAUCAGAACGUGCAGCGAGGAAGAGAUUUGGUCAUCGGCUUUCGUUUCUUGCGAACCUCGCAAUUGUUCCGUCGGCGAUAACCCGCUUUUUAAAUUCCUCAAAAAACUGGAGAACGAAACUGUCUUUGGAAACGACGCGAACGUGUUGUCGCUCGAUUUGGAGAAGAAAUGGAACGGCGUGGAGAACGUUACGGACACGUACAAAAACCUGGAAAUCUUCGUCGAGGGAAACGGCUACGGGCAACGAAUAAUUCUAACGUGUCAAAAUAACGCGCAAAUGAACUUGGACAAGCUAAUUGCAAACGAGACCGUCUUAAAUAUAACAUGGAUGUGCAACGAGACCGCAAAUUGGCAGGUUUCGAAUUCAUUUCUAAAAGAAUCCGCACUCGACCGGCUGUUCAAUGAUUCAACGUAUAUCUGCGAUAGAUCGUGCGCGCCUCCGGAAAUACCGGAAUACGGAUAUAUCGAUAACAACAAUAGCACUGAAGACAUCAACGAUCGCAAGGUGAUGAACAGUAUUAUUACUUUCAAAUGCCGUCACGGAUACGUUCUCGGGGGUAACGACAAAUCCGUUUGCUUAUCAAAUGCUACAUGGUCCGCUUUGCCUACUUGCAAACCUGUAACAUGCGGGGAGCCGCCGAUUUUCGCCAACGCGAUGUCGAAGACAGACGUAGGCCGAACUCGGAAUUUCACUUUUGGUAACAUGAUCUCUUAUCAAUGCAUCGCGGGAUAUCAUAUGUUCGGACAAGCAAAUUUGAGAUGCUUGGGAAGCGGCAAGUGGUCCAGAAUAAAUGGCAGAUGUUCGAAAAUAUCGUGCGGUAGACCGCAGCUUCAGCAGGGAAUCGUACUCCAUGGCCGUUCGUAUCUGUUUCAAGAUCAGUUGACGUACGUGUGCCCUAACGGUAAAAAGCAGGGAAUGAUCACGUGUCGAGCCGAUGGGAAAUGGAACGAGUUACCGAAGUGUAACUGAAGUAAAGACACGUCAUUAUUACGCAUCGCGAAGGAUUCAGCGCAAAGUUUUGCAAUAGUUCACAGUAAAACGACGUUUCUACUUUUGUAACAACACAUAUGCUUUUUAUUUCCUUCUAAUCUCUCGUAUCAAGAUUCACAAAUGUAAUGUAUAGAAAACGCAAUUACGCAGUCUUAUCGUGAACUAAAGAAUUCAGUGGGAUAUUCAGAGUAAUACAUUCAGAUAUGCGACAAUAUCUUAUCUACAAUUAAUUAUGCUUUUUUUACCAUAAUCCUUAAUUUUUUAAUAUUGUACCUUGAAUAUAGACAAAUUUGUAUCGCGUUUAAUUGGAAAAGUUGGUGUAUAUCGAUACAAAUAAUUCUUAUCUCAAAGAUUGGCAUUUUGUUUGAACUUCGCGCAAUCGAGAUAUAGUUUAACAAUACCAAAGUCUUUAAAAAAAUUUUCCAGAAAUUUAUAUAUACAUUUCAUGAUCAAUUUAAAAAAGAAUUCAUUUUAACACAGUUUGAUGAACUACCUCUUUACACACAUCAUUUGACACUGCGUUUUAGUACUCUGUCUAUAAAUAUUCGGAUAUAUUGACAUAUUUGCAAAUUACUACACUAUCUGAGGAAGA